GUCGUUUACGCUGGUCUUAAGCAUAAUUCUACUUCUUGUACCGGAUCUUUACGCUCGACAUAGACUCCGGCAUGAACGUCAUAAACGUCGACAAAGCCUUUUCUCCUCCCAAAAUAUUGCCGUAGGACUCGAUAAUGUAUCGGCUGAUGAUUCUGGAUCGUGGGGUCCAUGGAGUGAUAGUAGUAAAUGCUCCCGGAGUUGCGGAGGCGGAGUCGCCUUUCAGUCCAGAAAUUGCACAAAUGCGAGUAUUUCCGGCGGUCACUCUUGUAUGGGCUCAUCGAAAAGGUUCUUCAGCUGUAAUAUACAGGAUUGUCCACAUGGGUCACGUGAUUUUCGAGAAGAGCAGUGUUCCAACUUUAAUUCUCUUCCGUUUGAGAAUAAGUACUACAGUUGGGUUCCGUAUUUAAAAGAAUCUAAUCCAUGCGAACUUAACUGCAACCCAGUAGGAGAGCUAUUUUAUAUUCGUCAUAGCAGAAAGGUUAUUGAUGGUACCCGUUGCUAUAACGACGGGUCGCGAGAUGUUUGCGUGGACGGAGUGUGUAUGCCAGUAGGAUGUGAUUUGAUGCUUGGAUCUAACGCUAAAAAAGACAAGUGUGGAGAAUGUGGAGGGGAUGGAAACAAUUGUAGAACGAUUGAAGGCCUUAUUACUGACAAUAAUUUACAAGUAGGUUAUAAUGACAUCAUUCUCAUUCCGGUGGGUUCUACAAAUAUCAAAGUAACGGAGAAGAAUGCAACAAACAACUAUUUAGCGGUCAGAAACAUGACUGGUCACUACUACCUGAAUGGUAACUGGGGUCUAGUGUUUUCUGGGAUAUUGAAGUUUGCUGGGACAAAGUUUCACUAUGAACGCAAGUCCUACAGUGACCUUUCCACAGAACACUUAUGGGCACACGGUCCAACGACGGAACCACUUUUCAUUGUGCUGUUGUAUCAAGAGAAAACCCCAGGUAUCACAUAUGAAUACUCUGUCCCGAAAAAUAUGAGCAGUCCUCAAUCUGACGCGUAUUCUUGGACUUUUGAUGACUUCAGUGAUUGCUCUCGAACCUGUGGUGGUGGUUUUCAGCAACGAGCAGUCAGGUGUGUCCGAACUAGCGGGUUCGAAGAAGUCCCGGAAUUUUUAUGCGACCCUCUUUUGAAGCCCAUCACCAACCGCACUUGCAACAAAGAAACUUGUCCACCAGUGUGGUUUGUUGGUGAGUGGAGUAACUGCUCGAGACAGUGUGGAAGAGGUGUACAGUUCCGUGUUGUUUACUGUCACCGAUUUACAGAAAAUGGAGUUAUUCUUGUCAGCGACGAUGACUGUGAACGGCAGAAUGGUUCUAAGCCUAGUUUUAUCCAACAUUGCACAACUGGGCAGAAAUGUCCAACGUGGUAUGCCGGACCUUGGUCUGCUUGUAACAAGAUAUGUGGAAAUGGUACUCAGACUAGAACUGUAACAUGCCAAAAGGAUAAAGAAAAGAUAGGAGAUUUCCAGUGUGACUCUGAGAGUCGACCUGUUGCAAGCCAAACUUGUAAUCUUGGGCCAUGUGAAGGUGUGGAGUGGAUUGUUUCAGAUUGGAGUGGGUGUGACAAACUGUGUGGAUUAACAGUGGAGUCUCGAGUCACUCACUGUGCUAACCGGAAAGGUAAAGUUUUCUCUCCUGAUAUGUGUGACAAGAAUCAGCUUCCUGAACUUAAGCGUCCAUGUAGUAAUUCUCAUCUCUGUGAAAGUUCAUGGUUUGCAUCAGAGUGGAGUGAGUGCUCAACGAAAUGUGGGGAAGGAGUUCAAACUCGAAAUGUUUUCUGUGGCUACUGGAAGGACAAUGAAGUGGUUAAAGCUCAAGAAAGUCAAUGUAACAGCCAUAAAAAGUAUGCAGCAACUCGUAACUGUACAGGACCCCCUUGUAAAACUUCAUGGUUCACAGGGCCUUGGAAUAGAUGCUCAGUACCUUGCGGUGGUGGAUACCGAAAAAGGAAGAUACUCUGUAUUAGUGAAGAAAAUUUUAGUUCUUCUAAAGAUUGUGAUUCAAGCUUGCGUCCUUAUGAUGAGGAACCAUGCAACAUGUAUCCUUGUGAUGAAGAUGAGAUUAUAAUAGCUGGAGGUUGCAAGAAAACCAAACAUGGCUGUUGCCCUGAUGGAGUGACCCCAGCUGGGCCAAACAUUUCAGGUUGCCCCAAACUCUCUUUUCCAAAAGGUGGUUGUGAGGUCACUGACUUUGGCUGUUGCAAGGAUGGUAUAACCCUUGCUUUUGGCCCAUUUAAGGAAGGUUGUGAAAUCGUGACUACUUGUAAUGGAACAAAAUUUGGCUGUUGCCCUGAUGGACUAACUCCUGCCCACAGUGAAGCAGGAAAUGGUUGCCCAAGUAAUGAAGAAUGUAAAGAUUCAACCUAUGGCUGUUGCCUUGAUGGUGAGACAGCUGCAAAAGGUCAAAAUGGUGAAGGUUGCCCAAGAGUUGAAAAAUGUGAAGACUCAGCUUUUGGUUGUUGUCCUGAUGGGGAGACACCUGCACAAGAUAAAUAUUACUAUGGAUGUUCCAACAAUACAACGUGUCAAGAUUCACCUUAUGGUUGCUGCUUAGAUGGAAUAACAUUUGCAAAAGAUGUAAAUCUUACUGGUUGUAUAGAAUCUCAUCUUAUUACAUGUCAAAUAUCAGAGUAUGGAUGCUGUCCAGAUAACAUUACAAGUGCUUUAGGUCCUGAAUUAUUUGGAUGUGAUGAGUUUACAUCAGGUGAAAUGUGUGAUAUUUCUCUUUAUGGUUGUUGUCCUGAUGGUUUAACACCAGCUUCAGGACCUAGGAAUGAAGGUUGUUCAGAAGCUGAUAUACCAAGUAUUGCAUCAGAAGAUGUAGAAGGAUCUGGUGGAUGUGAAGGAGCUGAAUAUGGAUGUUGUCCUGAUGGGAUAUCAAUUGCACAAGGACCAGGAUUUGGUGGAUGUGAUGAUAUCCAAGGUAGUGGAAAACUAGAAGCAUGUAUAGAUAGCUUAUAUGGCUGCUGUUCUGAUAAUGUGACCUCUGCUAAAGGGCCACAUGGAGAAUCUUGUGUAGAACUGAUUGGUACAAACAUUUCCAUCAAUUGCAAGGGAUCACCAUUUGGAUGCUGUUCUGACAACAUAACAAUAGCUAAAGGACCAAAUGAAGAAGGGUGUAAGGAAUUAAAUAUUACAGGAGUCCCUAUCAAUUGUACAGAAACUGCAUUUGGUUGUUGUCCUGAUAAUGUCACAUCAGCUUUGGGCCCUGAUAUGGAGGGCUGUACAGUUUCUGAGCCUACUAAAAUAGAUUUUGCUUGUUUAGUCUCCCAUUUUGGAUGUUGUUCUGAUGGUUUUACUUAUGCUGAAGGUCCAAACAACAAAGGUUGUUGUCGAGUAACUAAAUAUGGCUGUUGUCAGGAUAACAUCACAGCUUCUCAAGGGCCAGCAUUUGAAGGCUGUGAAGAAGUAAAUGUCACUGAACAAGAAAGCAAAGAGGUUGUACCAGACUGCAGUACGUUUUUAUUUGGUUGUUGUCCUGAUGACAUCACUCCAUCACAAGGACCAAAUGGUGAAGGCUGUUGCUUCACUUCUCGGUUUGGUUGCUGUCCAGAUAACAUUACUACUGCAACAGGGCCAGAAUACUUUGGAUGUGGUUGCCAGGCUUUCCCUUAUGGAUGUUGCCCAGAUGAUGUUACUCCAGCAUCAGGUCCAAGGUACAGUGGAUGUACUUGUAAAGAAUACCCCUUUGGAUGCUGCCAGGAUGACUACUUUCCAGCUAAUGGCCCAAAUUUAGAAGGUUGUUUGUGUGAUAGAUUACUCUAUGGUUGUUGUGAUGAUGGUAUUACCCCAGCCACAGGACAUCAUAAGAAGGGUUGUGGUUGUUCAACCACUAAGUUUGGUUGCUGUCCUAAUAGCAGUAGUGUUGCCAGUGGUCCUCAAUAUCAGGGUUGUUCAUGUGACCUUUUUGGACAAGGAUGUUGUCCAGAUGGAAAUACUCCUGCUAAAGGACCAGAUUAUGAAGAAUGCCCUUGUGAGACCCUUCCCUAUGGAUGUUGUCCAGACAAUCUUACACCAGCAAGAGGAUUAAAUUAUGAAGGGUGUGGGUGUAAAUUUGAUAAACAUGGAUGUUGUCCUGAUGGAAUAACUACUGCCAAAGGACCAAACUACCAUGGAUGCCUCUGUGAGACAUUUCCAUAUCGAUGUUGCCCAGAUGGACAAACUUCUGCAAAGGGACCAAAUUAUCAAGGAUGUCCUUGUGAAACACUAUCUUAUGGAUGUUGCCCAGAUAAGUACACUCCAGCAGAAGGACCAGAUUAUCAAGGAUGUCCUUGUGAAACACUAUCUCAUGGAUGUUGUCCAGAUAAGUACACUCCUGCAGAAGGACCAGAUUAUCAAGGAUGUCCUUGUGAAACACUAUCUCAUGGAUGCUGUCCAGAUAAUCACACCAUGGCAGAAGGGCCAGAUUAUCAAGGAUGUCCUUGUGAAACACUAUCUCAUGGAUGCUGUCCAGAUAAUCACACCAUGGCAGAAGGGCCAGAUUAUCAAGGAUGUCCUUGUGAAACACUAUCUCAUGGAUGUUGUCCAGAUAAUCACACCACUGCAGAAGGGCCAGAUUAUCAAGGGUGUUCCUGUGAGACAUUUUCAUAUGGUUGUUGUCCAGAUAGAACCAUUCCAGCAAAAGGGCCAAAUUAUCAGGGAUGUCCUUGUGAAACACUAUCUCAUGGAUGCUGUCCAGAUAAUCAAACCCCUGCAGAAGGGCCAGAUUAUCAAGGGUGUUCCUGUGAGACAUUUUCAUAUGGUUGUUGUCCAGAUAAAACCAUUCCAGCAAAAGGGCCAAAUUAUCAGGGAUGUCCUUGUGAAACUUUUCUGUAUGGUUGCUGUCCAGAUAAACAAACUCCUGCAAAAGCAACAAAUUAUCAAGGCUGCCCUUGUUCUACAAUGCCUUAUGGGUGUUGUCCAGAUGGUGUGACUGUAGCAAAGGGGCCACAUUAUGAGGGUUGUUCUUGUGUAGACACUCCUUAUGGCUGUUGUCCAGAUGGUAAACACAUCGCCAAUGGUUCCAAUUUUGAAGGAUGCCCUGAUGUUCCUGUCAUUGACCUAAAAAUUUCAGGAGAGGUUUGCAAAUUACCACAAGAAGUUGGAGCUUGUCGUGACUAUGUUGUUAAAUGGUUUUUUGACAUAGAAUAUGGUGGUUGCACUAGGUUUUGGUAUGGGGGAUGUGGUGGCAAUAGAAAUCAGUUUAACUCAGAAGAAGAAUGUAAAAACGUAUGUGUUGAGCCAAAAGGUGGAGAUGCUUGUGUGCUACCUAAAGUACAAGGAUCUUGCAAUGCUCCAUAUAAAGCAUGGUAUUUCAACACAGAUAAAAAACUGUGUGAAUCAUUUAACUAUAGUGGUUGUCUUGGUAACAACAACAGAUUCAUUAGUAAAGAAAUAUGUGAAGAAACAUGUAUCACUCAAGAUUUACUUGAUGUUUGUGAUCAGCCCCUGGUAGUUGGUCCAUGUAUGGGAUCUUUCUCUCGCUGGUAUUAUAACAGGUUUGAUGGUCGCUGCAAGCAAUUUAAAUAUGGAGGAUGUAAGGGAAAUGAAAAUAACUUUGCAACUGAGAGUCAGUGUGAACAUCGAUGUGCUUCACUUAGUGCCAAAGAAAUUUGUGUGCUGCCUAAAGCAGAAGGACCAUGUCGUGAAAAGUUGACUCGUUGGUAUUUUGAUUUUAUGACAGAACAAUGCAAAGAGUUUACUUUCAGUGGUUGUCAGGGUAACAGAAAUCAGUUCCUAAGUAGAAAACAGUGUGAAAACAUCUGUACUAUAACAAAAGUAUCAGUGUCCAAAGAUAUUUGCUCCUUAUCCAAAUCUGCAGGGCCUUGUGGAGCUUUCUUGAUCCGCUGGUUCUUCAACUCCCAAACUGGACGCUGUGAACAGUUUUACUAUGGUGGUUGUGAGGGAAAUGCUAAUAACUUUGAAAAGAGAAGAGACUGUGAGCUUGCUUGCCUAAAUUUCAGUGGAAGAAAUGAAUGUAUAUUACCAAAAGACAUUGGUAACUGCUAUGAAUUCAACGUUCGGUGGUUCUAUGAUUCAGAAGAAGGUGAAUGCCGAAGAUUUUAUUAUAGUGGUUGUGGAGGAAAUGAAAACAACUUCAAUUCCCUUUUGAAAUGCCAGAAAAGAUGUGGAAAGCCAGCAUCUACAGAAAUUUUAUCUGAGGAAUUCAGGACUGAGAUUUGUUUCUUGAAAGAAGAUAAAGGACCAUGCACUGAGGUGAAGCUGAGAUUUUUCUAUGAUAAAAAUGAUGGAGUGUGCAAGGAGUUUCGAUAUGGUGGUUGUCUAGGCAAUGAAAAUCGCUUUAGAACUAGAUCCGAAUGUGAAAAUAAAUGUGGAAACUCCCAGAAUGCUUGCUUGCUUCCACAAAUAAAAGGACCAUGUCAAGGAACCUUCCCACAAUGGUAUUAUGAUCAUAGGUCUGACCAAUGCAUUGAAUUUAUGUAUGGUGGAUGUGAAGGAAAUUCUAAUAGGUUUAAUAGCCGAGAAAACUGUGAAGACAGUUGUAAGCAGAGUACUACGCCAUUGACUAUACCUACAACGCUUCCUGUGCAACCAGAAACCACAACAAAGGCUCUCUACAAAAAAAUUGCCCUUCCUACAGAUGUCUGUGCUCAACCUCGUGAUAAGGGACCUUGUAAAGCAUUCUCUCCUCAGUGGUAUUAUGAUUCUAGAAACAACAUUUGCAAGAGAUUCAUCUAUGGUGGCUGUGAAGGAAAUAGGAAUCGCUUUAAAGAAAGAAGUGAUUGUGAACUUCGCUGUGUCAAAAAACCAACUGAAGAAAUUAAGGUUGAUGAAGUAGCUGAAAAAGAACAAGAGGAAGUGUCUACAACUGUACUACCAGAGGGACCCACCUGUCCUCCAACAAACUGUGCUAAAAUUCGAUGUACAUUUGGAAUAGAUGAAUAUCUUGAUAAACAAGGCUGUACCCUAUGCCGAUGCUUUGACCCUUGUCAGGUACAUACUUGUGAGGAAGGAGAACGAUGUGUUGUUAGAGUUUACUACAAUGAGGAUGAAGAUCCCAAAUCAGAAACUGUUUGCCGAAAAAAAAAGAAGCCUGGUGAGUGUCCAUUUACAGACAGCUUUGUGGCAGAUGAACCAUUAAAGGUAUCCAGAAGAGAUUGCAAAGAUUAUUGUAAUGAUGAUGCAGACUGUAUCGGGGGUAACAAGUGUUGUUUUAAUGGAUGUGCCAACAUAUGUACAGAACCAGCUUUAACAACAACACCGAUUCCAACAACAACAGAAUUAGUACCUCAAGAGAUAACUGUGAAAUCAGAAUCGCAGGUGAUUUUAAAUUGUUUAGAUCAAGAUGUAGCAGUCAUUGCAGCACAGUGGAAAAAGGAUGAACUGCCAGUGAACUUAAUAACUGAAAGAUUCCGGCUUCUCUCAAAUGGAUCUCUGCAAAUCAACUCAGUAAAGAUUGAGGAUGCAGGGCUGUAUAAAUGUGAAUCAGAUAAGGAAAUGGACAUUCACUUAUAUCACUCAAUCAAUUUGAUUGUUCAAGAACGCCUUGAUAUUAUGGCGAGUAUUGCUUCAAGAGAGUAUAAAACAGGUUCAGUUCUUCAACUGGAUUGCAAAGUAAAAGGCCCAAAAGACACAUAUGUUAGGUGGAACUUUGGUCCUUCUCCAAUACAGAAUAGUGAGCGGUUACAAGCCCUCAGUAACUACACCUUGAUUAUACAAAGCACUCAACACAAUGACAGUGGUAUCUAUAGCUGCAUCGCAACUAGCAAACACAGUGAAGCUUCCAGUUCUGUCUCAAUCACCAUUGAAGAUGUCUACAUACCUCCAGAUUGUGUUGACUGGCCCCAAUUUGUUGGCUGUAAAACAAUAGUCCAAGCCAAUUAUUGUAUGAAUCCUCAUUAUGGCAAAUACUGUUGUCGAUCCUGUACAUUGGCAGGACAACUUUCAACCAAGUUUACCUCACCUCAUGUAUAGGAUCCAGUUUUAUGAUGUAAAAUCUUUUUAGUAACUUUAGCUUGUUAAUUUCUUUUGUUAUUCUGAUAGAGCUUUUUAACACUUAUUUAAUUUCCUGGUUUGUUUGAUGAAAGUGCCUUAAGAAGUAGGUGUUUGGCUACAAAAUGUGUAAUACAGAUCACAUAGUUAAAAGCUUUGAAUGAAUAUUGCUUAAAACUAAAAAACAAAGUAGAAAAUGGGUGUCAGUUUGAAGCAGUUUUAUUCUUUAAAAGUGGUCAUGUGGUUAGGACUGUUAUCUUAAAAUGUUAUACCUAAAUUCAUUCAUCAUGAGUAAUCUUAUGAAUAACAAAGAUUAAUUAAAUAUAAAAUCUAUUAAAAAUGCAGUUUAAAGAAGGCAAUUUCAUAUUUAUAUAACCUGGUAAUUUAGAUAUUGCAUCCAUUUUUUGGUUUUUCUCGAAUUUGGGGUAGUUUUUCAAUCUUUAAUGUGUUAUAUUUAUUUUCCUCUCUAUUUGAGUACCUUGUAUUUUAUACACAAUUCAUCCAAAACUGAA